AUGGCGUCUUUCGCGCUCGCCCGCGCUUGCCCCGCGGCGGUCGCUCGCGCGACCGCGCCCGCGCGCGAUCGGCGCGGCAGAUCCGAGCCGUUCGCGCUCGCGACGACGACGACGACGACGACGACGACGACGACGACGCGCGCGGUCCCGACGUCCGCGUCCCUUCGCUCGCGUGCGCUGAGCACGCGUGCGCUGAGCACGCGUGCGCUGAGCACGUCGUCGCGAACCCGCGGCGCGGUGACCGCGUCCGCGUCGUCCGCGACCGCGUCGCCGUCGAGCGGGGACGGCGACGCGAAAGACUUCAAAGACUGGCUGGAGACGUUCCGCAAGGCGAAGUGGGACGAAGCCCCGAAGUCGUGGCGGGAGUUCAUGGCCACGAAAGUCGCCGCCGCGGUCGUGGAAGUCGACGUCGCGAACGACCGCGUGAACGCGAAAGAGGUGGAGGGGAUCGGUCUGAACGUCCCGAAGGACGGCGCGGAGGCGAAGGAGCGCGUGAAGAGCAAUCUCAUUUACUACCGCCAAAACUACGCCAUCGUCGUGGCGUCCUACGUCGCGAUCGCGCAGCUGUUCGUGAAGCCGGCGAUGACGCUGUGCGUGCUGUGCUUGGGCGCCGCCGCGGCGUGCGCGAGCGAUACGCUGCUCGGCGAGCUCGCGCUCGCGUCGAAGGACAAGCUGAAAUGGAACGCGAAAGUCGUCGCCGGCGUGGACCGGACUCAGGCGCGACAGGCGCUGCUCGUCAUCGCCGGGAUCGGCGCGCUCACGUCGCUGAAAUACUCGUGGGGGUACCUCAUCAUGAACGUCGUGUACGGCAUCGCGCUGUCGCUGACGCACGCGAUCCUUCGGCCGAUCGAUUUGAAGUCGACGCUGAGUAACUUGUGGAGAGACGUGAAAAACGUCGCGACGAAGGAAGAAGCCGCGGCGGCGGCGAAGAAGGCGGUGAAAGGGAUGAAGUCCUGGUGGAGCAACCGACGACCGAACGAGCCGACGCCCGUGGUCGUCGCGGUGAAGGACGAUCCGAUGAACCCGGGGGGCUUCCAAGACGCGGCGAGGAACGCGGCGCGGCGGCAGCGCGAGCAGAGGGAGAGAGAGAACGACGGCGCGGUGGACGCGGAUGGGUGGACGAAGGCGGACUCGAGAGGGGAGCUCCCGCCGCCGAGCAAGCGAUGA